AUGAGAUCCUUGGCAUCGGUAGUUGAAACAGGACCCCACCUUCUGCCGGUUGUGAACCCAGAUUCACUGCACCAGGACAACAACUCAAUGACAACAAUCAAAGAUGCGACGGAUCUGUUCGAUGCCGGUUUUCAGAAGGCGAGUUUCAUGUUGACAUCUACUACCACCACAUCUGACGUUGCGCAGGCCCUCUGUGGGAGCGUCACUGGCCAAGUUGGCGGAACUAUGCGCACAUUCCUAAAGAUUGAGAACCUGUCGCCAUAUUACCGCUUGAAAGCUUGCAUGGUCCUAAGCACGGCUGAUGAGGAGAACGAACAUGAAGAAAACUUGGCAGCAACGCGAUAUUGGCUUAAGAAGGCCACGGAAGCUUUAGAGGAAACGAAGCGCGUCUACGUACACGACCCUGAUGAUGCAAAGUUGUUGCAGACCAUGGCAGACACGAUCGAGGAGGAGAAUGAAGCUCUCCAAAUGCGGGAAAAGGCCUUCUAUAGUGAUGAUGACAGCGAUGAGGCUGGAUACUAG